UCUUCUUCUUCUUCUUCUUCUUCUUCUUUUUUUUUUGUAGAGAAUCCUUUGUUGUUUGCGUUGGAAGCUGUGCUUAUCCCCCUUGGCUCCAUGGGAUUGAUUAUUAGCCUUAUCUGUGUGUACUGCUGGCUGGAACGGACGAUUCCCCGAAUUCCUACCCUCAAGAACCUAGAGGAUCUGGUUACCGAAUACCAUGGAAAUUUUUCGGCCUGGAGUGGAGUGUCCAAGGGCCUGACGGAGAGCUUGCAGCCAGACUACAGUGAAUGGCUUUGUCACGUCAGUGAGAUUCCCCCAAAAGGAGGGGCUCCAGGGGAGGGGCCUGGGGGCUCCCCCUGCAGCCAGCAUAGCCCCUACUGGGCUCCCCCAUGUUACACCCUGAAACCUGAAACCAGAGCCCUGAUACCCUGACUGAACCCCCAGAGUCCUGGAGUCCUAAGUUGUACUAACUUCCCCUCCUCUAACUAGCCUGGGUCCAAUGCUCACCUCGCCCCCCUGUGGCUGAUUCUGAAUUUUAUGCCCCCUAUAACUUCCCUCUGCCUCCACCCCCCCCCCCAAUUCAACAUCUCCUAUGGUCCAAUUGCCCCUUUUGCCCUGUACAUGCGUCUGGUCUUCCCUGCUCCAGCCCCUCCUCCUCCUCCUUGCAGGAUUCUUUCUCCCACAGGCCCUCCGUCCUUCCCUCCCUCUUUCCAUCUAACCUUCAAUUAUGCUCCAAGCAAUGAGAAAUAAAGCUUCUGUUGAUAAUCGUCAA